ACCGCCUUCCAACCAGCUCUGACGCUGCUUCCCCCACAAGCGCGCACACCUGCAGCAAUGGCUUCAGCUCCCGAGAAAUCCACUCGACUACAAUCGCUGUUCCCUGGUGACGGAAAGCCCCCGUACGUACACCUCCGUGAAUCCACGACGACCUUCAGCAGGCCAAUGGGGACCAAUGAACUGUUCUAUAACCUCAUCCGUGGCCCGCGCGGAUACCUCGACUCGUUCUCCAUCGUCCCUCUCGCCUGCUCUGGUGAACACACCACCACCGACGACGAAGUCGUGCAGGCAUAUGCCGCACUCCGCCUACGUCACCCCCUUCUCGCGUCUAAGGUCGCGUACAGCACCACGCAGCUCCCGGAGCUCGUAUACACCUCCCCCCUGACUCAGGCGCACGCCCUUCGCGAGGCUAGAGCUCAGAUCGAGUUCCACGCGUUCCACGACCAGGGCACAUCCACGGAAGCCCUCCACGAUCACUGGUUCUCCGUGAAGCCUGAGGAUGCGCUCGAUCUGCGCAACGGGACAUGCUCCCUCUACUGGGGGCGCGACAUUGAUACGCGCUCUGGGAAGUACAUCCUGGGUUUGAUGACGCCACACUUCAUCACCGACGGCCGGUGCCGAUUGAACCUCGUUCGCUGCAUGCUGGAGUUGCUCGCCAGCCCUGGGCGCGCGCAGCGUGAGCUCGCGGCGCACUUCGCUGGGAAGACGCCGAUUGUGGGGAUUCCCCCAGCCUUGAACGAUCUCUGUCCUAGCAUGGACGACACCUCCCCGAGCGAACUCGCGAAAGCGAAGGCUGCGUUCGAUGAUCUUGUUAAGUUCAGGAGCAAACCGCUGUCCGGCCUUGUUCCUGACGUCCCCAUCUCGGAGGAUGACCCGCAACCUCGCUUCGUGCGUCAGACGUGGUCGACAGACGACACUACACGCAUCCUGAAAGCCUGCAAGGCGCAGGGAGUCACGAUCACCCAUCUUGCGAGCGUCGCUGGCGCCUUCGCCUCCGUACAGCGCCCCAGAGCAGCACACGUUAAUGAGGGUUUCAGCGACGAAGAUUCCUACUACUUCGAAUGCCUCUCGGCGUUGGACUUGAACACCAAGGUACCCCGCGUGACGAGCAAUGGAGAGAUGGAGACGGCCACCCGCCUCAUCAUGUACCCAGUCGUGAUGUCCGUCCCCCGCGCUGCUGCAUUGGAAUCCACCGGCAGUGACGCGCUCUGGGACGCAGCGCGACAAUACAAGAAGCGGAGCGACACAUUCGUGAACUCGCCCUACUUCUGGCACUUCUGUCGGUUCUAUGAUGCUCGGAUCGAAGACGAGAACUACGUAUACAGGGCUCAAAUGAUGCCCGGCAAACCCAUCCUACCAUACAUGAGCAGCCUAGGCAACCUCAAGAGCGUCCUGCCUGUCCGCUAUCCUAUCCAGACAGCUCAUGUAAACGGCAAUACGAACGGGACGGCGAGCCACAGCGCGGAGAUCCGCAUCUUGGACCAGAUUUCGUCAGGGAAGGCCGACCCGCGGGUCGCGAACUUCCUGAUGUAUACGUUCGACGACAGGCUGAACCUCCAGUUCAAGUGGGACGCAUGCCGUACGAGCGAUGGUCUCAUCGAUAGCUGGUUUAGUCGAAUCGUUGAGAUUAUCUCGCAAGUAGCAGAUGAGGGUGCGACCUAGUCUUUACUGACAAUAGUCUUGGGGCCCAUGCGU